AGUUCUCUGGUGAGCACAGGUCACAGAUGAGGGGCUUGUAAUGGACCUUCCAGCACGCGCACACACACACGUCUCUGCUACCUCUAGUCUGCGCUUCCUUAUCUGCUGCUUUAGCAAUGAGGAAGUUCUCAUGUAAGGGAAAGGCUAUUGUUACAGCAGCCAGGCGUGCAUGGCGGAGAGAGAUGCCAGGAGCUGCCACUGCCAGCCGUCCAUGAGGUGUCGGGGCGUGAUGAAGUGAUGGUUGCCCGCCAUGUCGGAGGUGCCCUCUCUGCCUGUAUCUGAAUGGCUCCAGAGCAUUAAGCUGGACCAGUACUCCGACGUCUUCGAGAAGCACGACAUUCGCACUGUGUCGGACGUGCAGCACCUGAGCGAUGAGUUUCUGAGCAGCAUCGGGAUCUAUCUCCCGGGACAUCGGAAGCGAAUCCUGGCGUCGCUGCAGAAGUCGAUAAGUCCGGAUCCAUCUCUGGAGACCUCGACGUUCCGACCCGUUCCGAAGAAGCGCAAUAUCCUCCCAAAGUCCGUGUCGGAGUCAUCAUGUCUGAAUGUGGACCCCGUCCCGAAUCCUCAGCCUUCCCGGACUGUCACCUCCCCUCCUCCCAUCCCUCCAAGAACUGGUCGCGGACCCCCUCUCAAAUUCUCCAUGAGUCCGCCCAAAACCGUUUCUCCGGUGUCUGCGCCAGAAACUCAUGAGUCCCCCCGCAGCCCGGCCUCACCGGCUCUCAAAUCACCGGCCUUUCUUCUCCCUAAUGAAGAUGCCGGAUUUGUGGAGGAUGAUGUCAGCAAAGGGGAGGUCCCAAUUCUGGCUCCUCCCCUGCCGCAGAAACGGCAUAAGAUGGAGAACAAGAGCAUCACCGGGAGCCCCCCACCACUACCCGCCAGACCAAUAAAGACAGCCCCUCCUCCGCCCAUCAGCCCAUUGCCUGCAUUGGAUGAAUCAAAAGUCGAUGAGGGUCACAUGUUCCCGUUUUAUCCCAUCCCUAAGCCAUUUCCCCGUGUGAUUUCCAGAGAUCCACCUCUUACCCCAGUUCUGCGGCCCCCCCGUGAUAAUCCUCAGAAGCCGGAGACGCGACUCCCCGAUCCUGGAAACAUCUACGAGCUGAGCCGAGACAUUGGCGGAAUCGUUCUCACUGGUUACCGGCAGCUGAACGCGAACAUCGCAGAUACCAAUGACGACAAGACGGAGAUGGGCGAUGACGACUACGAGGACAUUGAGUCUGUGCAGGCUGAUGGCGGUCUGAGCGCCUCUCCGUCCUUGGGGAUCUCCGGCGGGAACAUGGACGGUGGAGAAUGGUCUACACAGCAGACGGCGGUCAUCAAGGCAGGAUGGCUGGACAAGAACCCGCCGCAGGGGUCGUACAUUUUCCAGAGGCGAUGGGUGAAGCUGGAAGCUGACUAUCUCCGCUACUACGACAGUGACAAGGACAUUUACUCAAAACGGAUCAUUAAGACCAGCUGCAUCAACAAAGUAGCUUCUACCGGAGACCAGAAGUUCGAAGUCGCUACAUCGAACCGAAACUUUGUUUUCCGAGCCGAGAGCGACUCGGACAGAAACGACUGGAUUAAAGCGAUCCAGCAGGUCCUGGAAGAGAGGAGAUCCAGGCCAGCCAGCUCCUCAGUGUGCAACCCCGAGAACGUGGACAAGUGUGGGCUCCUGGAGAUGAAGGGCUGGAAGCCAAAGAUGUUUGUGGUGGUGGCCACAGAUAAAGUCUUCCUCUACAAGAAUGGAGAAGACUUUGUGUCUGGCGUUGGAGUCACCUCUAUAGACAUGAACCUUGGCAAUGUAAAGGAGAUGGACAAGAGGAGCUUUGACCUGACAACACCUUACAAGACGUUCAGUUUUAUCGCAGACAAUGAGCAGGAGAGAAGCGAAUGGGUGGAAGCCAUGAUGCAGUCCGUCGCCGGCGCCCUCUCUAACCUUGAAGUAGCCCAGAAAAUCUGGUCGGUGGAAUCCAACAGACUGUGCGCCGACUGCGGGGCCCCCACACCUGACUGGGCCUCGGUCAACCUCUGCGUGGUCAUCUGCAAAAAGUGCGCAGGACAACACCGCAGUCUGGGGCCCAGUAUAAGCAAAGUGCGGAGUCUCAAGAUGGACCACAAGAUCUGGACGGAGGAGCUGAUAGAGCUCUUCCUGAAACUUUGCAACGAGGUCAGUAACAAGUUCUGGGCGGCGAAUGUGCCCCCCAGCGAAGCCAUCGACCAGUGGAGCAGUUCGCUGGAGAGGAAGACCUACAUCAGCGCCAAGUACCGCGAGGGCAAGUAUCGCAGGUACCACCAGCUCUUCGGGAACCAGGUGGAGCUCAACAAGGCGCUGUGUGUUUCGGUGGCCACCACUGAUCUGACGGAGACGCAGGCUCUGGUGUUUUGCGGUGCAGACAUUAGCUGCACUUGUGGGGAGCUAUUCUUCUCGCAGCCUCUGGAGUUGGCGCUGCAGGCCGGGCAGAAGCUGCAGGAGGAGUUUCUAAAGCAAAACAGAACUUCAGAGAUUCCCCGUUUGGACCUGGGGGCUAAUCUGGAGAAGCAAUACUACGUCAUGCAUCACUCCAUCACACACAACGGCUACCUCUACAAGACCUCGUCUAUGACCAGACUGGUCGCGGACAGGAAGGCCAAGGAAGAGUUUAGCCGCCGCUGGUGCGUCCUCAAUGACGGGACCCUCAGUUACUAUGAGAACAACCACAGCUCCACCCCUAAUGGCGAGAUCCGCAUGGAUGAGAUUGUAUGUGUGGCCGUCAUCCCCCCGGACACCCACGGGUAUGAAAGCACUUUUGAGAUUUACACUAAGUCCGAGAGACUCUACCUGUUUGCAGCAGAUACCCCGGAGGAGGCCAGAGAAUGGGUUAAAUCCAUCACUAAGUGUUUUUUACCUCUGAAAGCUGAGGAGCUGCUAAGUUAUGAUUUUGACCGGAUCGGGAGGCUGCAGUUUAAAGGAGGGCGGAGCCUGGAGCGGACGAGGGUGGGCUGGUUCUCCCUCUGUAAGACCUACCUGUACACCUACGUGGAAGAUAAUGAGACGGUGGAGGUCAUCAACUUGAGGAAGCUCGUGGAGCUGUCCACAAAAGAUAAAGAUAUCCUUGUCCUGGUGGAGAAGGGGAGGAUAACGUACAUCUUGGCGGAGAGGAAGCUGGACUUCGCCGGCUGGGCCGCCGCCAUUCAGAAGGCGAGCAGCACGUCUGGCGACACUCUGUCCGAGCAGCAGCUGACGGACUCCGACGUCCCCUGCAUCGUGGAGAAGUGCAUCGACCACAUCUCAAGUUUCGGGGUGGGAUCUGAAGGGAUCUACAGGAAGAGCGGGCAGAACUCCAAGAUCACAAGUCUACUGGAAGCGCUGAAGAAGGACGCACGGAGCGUGGUCCUAACGGAGGAAGAACACGUGGACAAUGUAUCCGACGCCCUCAAGAGGUUCUUCAGAGGCAUCGGGGAGGGAGUGUUCGCAGAGCAUUGUAUGCAGUGGCUGCAUGUGACAGGAAUCGAGGAUGAAAGCGAGAGGAUCCUCAAGUACCAGGAGCUGCUGCAGAGUCUGCCCCCGGUCAACAGGGCGACGCUCAAAGCCUUAGUCCGCCACCUGUACUGCAUCAAACACUUUUCUGACCUCAAUCAGAUGAGCAUUCACAACUUGGCCAUCGUCUUCGGCCCAACACUCUUCCAGACAGACGGACAGAACUACAAGCCGGGGCGAGUGGUGGAGGACCUGAUCUCCCUCUACCUGCCCAUAUUCAGCGUGGACAUUCAGGAAAUCCAGAAACAGCUCGACAUCACGUCCACCAUCAUGAAAGUGCGCAAUGAGAACCAAGUCAGACGCAGGGGAUGUGAUUUCAUCUGCACCGUCUAUCUGAUGGAGAAGAAGGCCGAGUGCGAGCAGAGCGUCCAUAUCGCAGUCACUAUGACGGCGCAGGAGCUGACAGAAACGCUGCUGGAGAGGAGGAACAUUCGUAUAAUGGAGGGGGAUUAUUGGAGAUGCUCGGAGGUGGACGACUCUGGAGAAAUAGAGCGCCCCCUACAUUACUCGGAAAAAGUGCUGCCCAUCUUCCACUCUCAGGUCAACAACAGCAGCCACCUGAUUGUGAAGAAAGACCUGCACAUGGAUGCCAUGCUCUAUUAUAUCAAAAACAGAGUGGGAGAAUCCAAGAACGGGAUGAUGAAGUUCCGCGAGGAAAAGAGUUUACUGGGCUUUGGUGCCAGUUUUCAUGAUCGUUACUUCAUGUUGAACAGUACCAUGCUACGCAUGUACCGCGAAGUGAGGAGCUCGAUGGAGCAGAGGUAUUCCCUGGAGAGCAGGAGUGAGAGUCACCGUCCGGAGAAGGAGUGGCCCGUGAAAAACCUGACCGUUCACCUGGGCAUCAGGAAGAAAGUCCGGGCACCAACCAGUUGGGGCUUUACAAUAAUGUGCAAGAACGAGAAGAAUGAGAAGAGUCAAUGGUAUCUCUGCUGCGAAUCGGUUACAGAUAUGAGGGAAUGGUUUGCAGCCUUCAUGUUUGUUCAGUAUGGCAGCCUGUGGCCGGAGCAGAGCUCACUAGUGAGGACGCGGAGCUCACACCUGGAGUCCACAUUUGGGAACCUUUCCCUCAUUCCUAUACGAGGAAGUGAGACGGAUAUAAGGAGGAGUAUGGCGGCGUUCACUACAGACCCGUUGACGCUCCUGGGAAACGUAUGAUGCCGGCAGCGCUGGAGGUUCCAGGUCUGAUCCGACCGCUGUCAUUGGACCAUGUAGGCGGCGACUGCGAGAUGGGCGGAGCCUUGAUAAUGACCAGGACGAUAUAAUGGACGUGUAUAAUAGUAGAUUGUGUGCCUUGUAGAAAGUCUUCUGUAAAUACAGCCCCCCCCCCCCGAUCUCUCCAAGGACACCUAGGACUAUGGUGGACCCCUCCAAACCUUCUAACCCAAGACUUGAAGGAAGACUCCGCCCCCAGCGACGUAUAGACUUUGUAUAUGGAUUUACUGCCUUUUGCCGGAGGACCUCUGAUUUUCAGGCACUAACACUGACUGCUGGGGGUCAAUGUGUUCACGGGGGUCUUAUGACCGGGGGGCAUUAUAUGUGAACUCUCCAUGUGACGCGCUAGGACUACUGGAAGAUGGAUGGAGCAACCACUGGAGGCCGUCUCAACACAAGCGCUCAGAGGUGAUGGGGCGUCUGUGCGAGGGUUCGUGUCCAAACAGGAGACAGACCACCCAACAUGGCUUCCGGGGUAAACCCCUGGAUGUCGCCCUCGCUGAGGACGCCAUAGUAACCUAUAACCGUGGACUUCAUCGGCAGCCCCACUGGGAUGGCCCCUCCACCGUUUCACUUUGGGUGUGAUAUAGAUGGGUGGAGCCUGAUGUCCUCUUCACCAUCCGCCAUGUUGUACCCCCCAGGGCAGGAAGUGGCAGAUUCAACUCACUGUAAUUCCAACUCAACAAUAAAGACGACGCAUUUCUCUGUGUA